UCUAUGGUUAAUGGAUUUCGAAAGUAAAAAACAAAGUUGUAUUAUCAAUUUUAAGGUUAUACGAGGAUUUAACAAAAAUUAUUGACGUUGCAGUAAUAUUGAAAUACUAAAUAAAUUAAACAUCAGUUAAUAUUGAUUGAUACUUCUAAACUAACGGUAGAUAAUAUGAUCUUAUAGAAAUCCAAAUAAUAAUACAAAUCCAAAAUAAUAGAUAUGAACCGACAUAUAAAUAUUUUUUGUUUAAAAAAAUUAAAUAUUUGUUUUACGUUAAGCCUAUGUAAAAUUUACCUUCUGUAAAAAAUAUGUGUUAAAGAAUUUUGAAACAUUAAAAUAUGAAUUACUUUACACGAUGUCCUGGUAUCUAUUGUGGAAAAGAAUUAUUAGUAAAUGGAAAUUGGAGUGACUGUGGUGCGUGUCCUCGUGGAUAUAGGACGAAUCUUUCUUCCUCUUGUGUUCCUUGUGAAGAUACGCCUAUGUUUUAUGAUUGGUUAUACCUUGGAUUCAUGGCAUUGCUAGCGUUAGUUUUACAUUGGUUUUGCAUUGAUGGCGUUUCGAUGAGACGAAAUAUACCUAAAGAAGUCAUAGCACUGCAUCUAUCUGCAUUAUUUGAAGUUUUGAGUGCAUCCCUCAUUACUUUACAAUUAACUGAUCCUAUUGGUACAUUUGAAAUAAGAUCUUGUAGAACACGUCGUCUUUCAGACUGGUAUACACUACUACAUAAUCCUAGUCCAAACUAUGAAACAACUUUACAUUGUACUCAAGAAGCAGUAUAUCCUUUAUAUACCAUGGUUUUUGUUUUUUAUGCUCUUGGCAUAGUUAUUAUGCUGAUUCUAAGGCCAAUGAUAGCAAAAAAAUUCUUACCAAAACAUGGAAAAUUUUCAAUAUAUGCUGCCCUAUAUUUCUAUCCUAUUUUAGCACUUUUACAUGCUGUUGGAGGAGGUCUUAUAUAUUACUCAUUUCCUUAUAUCACUAUUAUUUUGUCAGUUUUAUCAAAUGCAGCACAUUUUGCUUUCAAAUUAAAUCAGACCAUGAAAUCUCUAUUACUUAGCUCAGUUUCAGAUGUGAAAAAUGUAAUAGUAAUACUUGGUCAUUGGUUGUUACAUGGUUAUGGAGUAGUAGCUGUUGCUACGUUACGUGGUAUUAGUAUUCAUCCAGCAAUGCUUGUCUUGGUUCCUUUACCUGCAUUGUUUUAUAUUUUCACAGCAAGAUUUACUGAUCCACAUAAACUUGAUAUACAAUAAAAAAUAUAUGCUUUAACUAUUAA